GAAGAAAUUUGGUUAUGUAAUUAACUUUUUAUACUAAUUAAUUACUCUGUCAGUCCUCAACAUUCCCUCGUGCUCUUUUUCCUCUCCGAAGUCUGAACCCUAAAACAUCCCGCUUCGUGGUAACUGAUUUGGCUGAUUUUGCAACAUGACGAGGGUUUAUGUCGGGAAUUUGGAUCCACGGGUCACCGAAAGGGAACUCGAAGAUGAAUUCAGGAUCUUCGGUGUUCUUCGCAAUGUCUGGGUAGCUCGUAGGCCUCCCGGCUACGCUUUCCUCGAGUUCGAUGACGAGAGAGAUGCUUUGGAUGCAAUCAGGGCAUUGGAUGGAAAGAAUGGGUGGCGUGUGGAGCUUUCUCACAAAGAUAAAGGAGGUCGUGGAGGCGUUGGCCGUCGUGGUGGCAUUGAGGACUCCAAGUGCUACGAGUGUGGCGAGCCUGGACAUUUUGCUCGAGAGUGUCGUCGAGGACGAGGAGGCUAUGGGAGACGUAGAAGCCCUAGCCCUCGCCGUCGUAGGAGUCCAGAUUAUGGGUAUGCACGCAGGAGUAUCAGCCCUCGUGGAAGAAGAUCUCCUCCAAGGCGUCGCAGUGUAACUCCGCCUCGCCGUGGACGAAGCUACAGCAGAUCCCCACCGUAUCGUAGUUCACGCCGUGAUUCUCCUCGCCGCAGAGACUCUCCCUAUGGACGACGUUCACCAUAUGCCAAUGGGGUGUGAAACCGUAAAUGAAGAAGAAGGAAUUCGAGUGGUGCCUGUUAGGAUAUAAAAAGUAUUUGUGAUCGAACCAUAAAUGAGUUGUAGGUUUUUUUGAAUUUUAAAAAUGAGUUAAACAAAAUCUUUUGAAGGUAUUAAAAACUAAGGAUUUACAACUAAAAUAACUAAAAUAAUGUACUACUAUAUGAUUCUUGUUAUUUUCA